CAAAGGAUGAACGGUUUGGUGGCAUUGGUUCUGUGUCUUUUGCCUUUGACCUUGGCUGUACCCCCUGUAUGGAACAAAAAUGGAACAUGUGGAAAGAGCAAGUACCCCGAUGCAGGGGACUACUUCCUACCAUCACCAUCCAUCGUUGGAGGCAUCGAAGCCAGACCGAAUGAGUUUCCAUGGCAGGUAAGUCUGCAGUCAAAAUCCGGUUUUCAUUACUGUGGAGGUAGCGUCAUUAAUUCAAAAUGGGUCCUCACAGCUGCUCACUGCGUCGUUGGCAAAUUCCCAGCAGGCAAUGUUGUGGUUGCUGGUCUCCAUAAGAAAAUUUCAGAACCCAACGCUCCAACUGUCAAGAGCUAUGAAAUCGAAAAGUACGUUAUCCACGAAAAAUACACUUCCGUCGUUACAGGAUCCGAUAUCGCCCUCAUAAAAAUCAAAGGCGAAAUGAAGUUGGAUACCAACGUUGGUGCAGUGUGUGCUCCCGAAGGUAUGGACCAAUAUGCUCAUCUUAAGACUGCAGUAUCUGGAUGGGGAUCCUUAGCUCCAGGAAGUUCGGCAAAAGUUGACGGUUUGAGAUAUACAACAGUCAACAUAACCACGAACGUAUAUUGUAGCGAAAAGUACCCCCAGUACAAGAUCACACCCGACAUGAUUUGUGCCUCUGACAACAGAAACAGUGCUGAGCGCGAUUCGUGCCAGGGUGAUUCUGGAGGUCCCUUGGUGAGAAAAGAAAGAGAUGGAACGUUCAGACUGGUAGGUGUUGUUUCAUGGGGCAUCGGGUGUGCCAGCAAAUAUCCAGGAGUGUACGCAAGGGUCACCUACUUUGAGGACUGGAUCUUGAAGAACAUGAAUUAAGAAUUUAUAUCUUAAAGAAAUAUAUUUUUGGUCAUAAAUGAUGUUUUAAUCUAAUGAUAAUUUAUAAUGAUGAUUUAUAAUGUUUGAUUGACUAUAAUAGAAUACUAACUUUUAAUAAGUUAACAAUUAUUUUAUAAAAGAAUAAAUUAAUCCCAACUACGCUU